GUUCUUUCACACAGCCGCAAGUAGCGAAGCCCAGCCCGAGUUUUUAAAGGUUCCCGGCGUUUCUUUUACAUGUUUUAAUCGAACUCAUCCACUCUGCGUCUUAGACUGAAGCGGUUUGGUCUAGGGGUGGAGUGGCGGCAGCAGCAGCAGAUCUUUUGGCAGCACACUGCGGCGGAUUUGAGGUGUUUGUGAGCGGAGAAAUGGCCACUGAGGUGGAGACUCUCCCCCCGAGCAACCCUCUGCUGGAGCCGGAGGGACGCCAGGCCGAGAGAGACGGAGGGUACCUGCUGAAGGAGCAGAGCCUGAGCCCGCGGUGCGAGGAAGACGCCUCUCGGACGGAGAUCACAGAAGCUCCGCCGCCCAAGGUGAACCCGUGGACGAAGAAGAUGAGCGCGGUGAACGGACAAACACCGCACGAGCACUCUGCGCCCACGAAGGUUGUGAAGGCAGGGAACGCGAGAAUGAGACGCGGCGGGAAGGUGGGGGAUUUUGGAGAUACGAACAACUGGCCGACACCCGGAGAGAUCGCCACGAAGGAAGUUCAGGUGGUGAAGAAGUCAGCCGUCAAACGAGAGUCCAAAGGGAAGCGGGAAAACGAAGAGAGUAAAGAAAACCAGAAAGCCAAAUCAGACGACUCCGGAGAAGAGAAAAACACCGACGAGGAGUCGCAGAGAAAUGGACAGAAAAAGCGAGGAAAUAAGCACAAGUGGGUUCCUCUGAUGAUCGAGGUGAAGGCUGAGGGUCCUCGCGAGCGCUCGGCCUCCAGGAACAACACACGACAGUUCGACGCUCAUCGAGUUCCUCCGAAUGGCCGGAACGACCUGAGAGACUGGCACAGUGGGAAGUACGACACGGAGUUCAAGGAUGACCAUGAUGAGGUGUCGAGCGUGAAGAGCGAGGGAGCGCCGUACAGAAGCGCUGUCAGGGGCCGCGGCCGGGGCCGGGGACGAGGACGGGGACGCGGCAGAGGAGCCAGCAGAGGUCAUUAUGACUACUACUAUGGCUAUAAAGGCAGUGACGGGAAGGACGGUGCUUGCGGUCAGAAGUUCAACAGCACAGUGACCUACUAUUAUGACAGCAUGAGCAGCGCUGAGCUGUACGCUGUGGACCAGGACCUGCUGAAGGACUACAUCAAGAGACAGAUUGAAUACUACUUCAGUGUGGACAACCUGGAGAGGGAUUUCUUCCUGCGCAGGAAGAUGGAUCAGGAGGGCUUCCUGCCUCUCGCUCUGAUCGCGAGCUUCCACCGCGUGCAGGCGCUCACCACAGACUUCAGCCUCAUUACAGAGGCCCUGAAGGACAGUAAGGUGGUGGAGAUCAUCGAUCUGAAGAUUCGCUGCAAGGAGGAGCCUGAGAAGUGGCCGCUGCCCGGCCUCUCUUUGCCGGACCAUUCCCACACAGACUUUUCUCAGUUCAUCAACUGCCCAGAGUUUGUUCCCAGGAACGUUGUGGAGAAGCAGACAGGUUCUCCGAGAGCCUCGGCGCCGGUGCAGUCCAGAACUGAUGAUGUGAGUAACCUGAAGCUGAUGCCCAAGGGCCUGUCCGCCAGCCUCCCCGACCUGGACUCGGAGUCAUGGAUCGAAGUGAAGAAGAGGCCUCGGCCGUCUCCGGCGCGACCCAAGAAAGCGGAGGAGGCUCGGACGCCGGUGCAGACCGGACCGAGCGCAGGAGAGGAGCAGGACGAGCCGGAGGAGCUGGACUUCAUGUUCGACGAGGAGAUGGAGCAGAUAGACGGCCGACGCAACACUUUCACCGACUGGUCCGAUGAAGACUCGGACUGUGAGAUCGACGACCGAGACGUCAACAAGAUUCUGAUCGUCACUCAGACGCCGCCGUACCUGCGCAAGCAUCCCGGAGGAGACCGGACGGGGAACCACACCUCACGCUCCAAGCUGACCAGCGAACUGGUCAAAGUCAUUAACGACGGACUUUACUACUACGAACAAGACCUCUGGGACGACACGUACGAGCCCGAAUACGCCACGAUCAAGCAAGAAGUGGAGAACUUCAAGAAGGUGCACCUGAUCAGCCGAGAGCAGUUCGACUGUCUGACCCCCGAGCCGCCCGUCGACCCCCACCAGGAGGUCCCUCCCGGACCCCCGCGCCCCCAGCAGAUCCCCACAGAAGCCUUGGCCAACAAGCUGUUCGGAGCGCCUGAACCGUCAGCUAUCGCCCGCUCUCUUCCAACUACAGUGCCUGACUCACCCAGCUACCGCACGCCCCGCACGCCUCGCACCCCGCGGCUCAAGGACCCCACGCAGACGCCGCGCUUCUACCCCGUGGUGAAGGAGGGACGACCGCUGGAUGCCAAAACGCCGCGCAAGCGAAAGACGCGACACAGCUCCAAUCCGCCCAUGGAGUGUCACGUGGGCUGGGUGAUGGACUCCAGAGAGCACCGCUCACGCACCGCCUCCGUCAGCUCGAAUGCGAGUCCGUCUGAAGGCACCGCAGCGAUGGGUAAUUACGGCUGCACUCCUCAGUCUCUCCCCAAGUUCCAGCAUCCAUCGCACGAGUUACUGAAGGAGAACGGAUUCACGCAGCACGUUUAUCACAAGUACCGGCGGCGCUGCCUGAACGAGCGCAAGCGGCUGGGCAUCGGUCAGUCUCAGGAGAUGAACACGCUCUUCCGCUUCUGGUCCUUCUUCCUGCGAGAUCACUUCAACAGAAAGAUGUAUGAGGAAUUCAGACAGCUGGUGGUGGAGGACGGGAAGGAAGGCUACAGGUACGGUCUGGAGUGUCUCUUCAGGUUUUACAGCUAUGGACUUGAGAGGAAGUUCAGGCCGGACAUAUUCAAAGACUUUCAAGAGGAGACCACUAAAGACUAUGAAGCAGGCCAGCUGUACGGACUCGAGAAGUUUUGGGCCUUUCUGAAAUACUCUAAAACAAAGAACAUGGAGAUUGACCCCAAGCUGCAGGAGCAUUUAAGCAAGUUCAAGCGUCUGGAGGACUUCAGGGUGGAUCCCCCCAUGGAGGACGGAGGGCGUAAGAGACACCCUUCCAGCGGAGACGGCCGUCGCCGGCAUCCUUCCCAGCAGUCUAGCCGAGUCCAGACACAGGGCCCUGCUGGAGCUCCUCCCACCAGAGAUGAUGCCAAACCCCCGAGCCAGCGAGCAGCUGCGCAGGACGCCAAGCCGCCCAAAUGAGCGUCUGACCCGUCCACCGGCGCUCCGCUCGGGGUCAGACCGACCGCACAAGCAUGACACAACGGCUCACGAUCGUCAAAUCAAGGCUCUUCCACCUCCUCCUCGUUCACCGCAUCUGUGCGUCACAAACGGACAGCAGAGGGCAUGAGAAAUUCUUCCAUUCUUUGUUUUAUUAAAGACUUUGAAGUUUUAUUCCUCUUGUAUCUUAGGGGUACAAAAAAGGCUUUUGUUGAAUCUUUCUGCUUUAUAUCCUCACUGUUUUAUUUGGCUGAACGACGCGUGAUUCCACCCUGACCUUUUUCUUUUUUUCUCGUAGAGCGUAAGGAUUGUGUUGAAGGGUAAGAUUGCUCUUGACUAGAGUAGGUACUCAGAAAAUCAUGUGAUCUGCAGUUGUUUGAGCGAGAUGGUUUCAUGUUACCUGUGUUUCUCGGGCUUGGGCUUCACUGUGACACUAACGCUUGCCGGAUCCUCUCGUUUUCUUCCGCGUGUCAGUCUGUUACAGAAGACGACGACUCUUUUAGCCUCAGCCACCUGCGGUCAGUUGUUUUGACGUGGACCAGUCAUUCCUCAGCUCAUCGUCCUGCGAGGACGGGAUGCGGGAAACACCGGAGACGCUCUGCUCCUGUCCCUCGCUCACCGGCAGAUCUCUCACAUCUAGUGCGAAUGGGAAUCAUUACCGGAGUGUUAAUCCUAUAGUGUACAUAUGAAUUCAUGAAAUGAAGAGACAUUACACCACCUGGCUGUACAUGUCAUUUAUUGUUCAUAGAGAUAUAUUUGCCUUGCGUGUUCAUCUUUUUAUGCUCACCCGAAUGCGCUCGAGCUCGGCCUUACUUUGGGUAUCUUUUAGUAUCACUUCUUGAUUUUCUUCAUGCAAACAGCAGGACGGUCUGACUAAAGGGAAACUGACCUCAGGGUAUCAACUGGAAUCAUGUGAAGACAGACAAACCUUCUGAGGAUUAUGAUGACGAUUGUAAGUGAUGCAUCUGAAAACUUUGCCGAUCACAAGCAAUAUUCCAGUCGCUGUCCUGAUUUAUGGAGUUUGGCUGCCGUAUGAACAUCUACCCGUUUGUGUGCUCAGAUGUUUUGGUUUCAAUCCAUCUCUCUGGUAAUAUUCGGAUUUAAAUUUUAUUUCGUAUUAACUUGCGACACAUUUAGCAGUUCCCUUCUCCUGCUUUCCCUCGGUAGGCUUUCCCUAGUAGCUGUGGUCAAAUCUUGAGGAAAAUCUUGUGAUCACUGAUGUAAUUAAAAACAUUUUAUUCAACUAAA